GUGAUGCUUAAAGUCUCUCUGGCUGCUUCGGAAACCUCGGCGCUGGAAGUGCUCGCGGGACCUUCGCUCACAGAUAUUAAGUAUGCGGACGAUAUAACUCUCCUUGGUGGAAAUCCUUCAAAAAUACAGAUCAUUUUACAUGACCUAAACAACUCUGAUGCACGGUUCGACAUGCGCUUCAUACCUGCACAGUUGCACUUCAAAGCAAAUUCACCCAGAGGGAGUUCGGAUGCAGAUCACAAUACAACCAGCAUGGCGAUGGCUCAUGUUUCAGAUAACUCGCUGUCAGGUCCACAUCCCGCCUCUACUUCUGAGAGCGAACUGGACCAGCCCGGGGCACAAAGACUACGACGACUCCGUCCACGGGUACCGGUACAGAACUUCAACCUGAACGUUGGGCUGCAUCGUGACAGAUCUAAUCUCCUACAGUCCUCCAAUGAAACGAUGCGCCGAAAAAGAGGAAGACCUAGAAAAUAUCCCAGAUUAGACAACCGCUCCGCGACUUCCGACCAAGAGGCAACAAAGGAGCCACGAAGCGCGUCUGCAGAGGACCAUUCGGAUGAUGCUGGUAUGAAUGGCGAUCAGGGUGGUCGGGGACCUGAAAGCGAUACUAGACGAUAUCCUGUGCGAAACCGGCGUCAUACUGCCAUGUAUCAAGUGGAAUAUCCCCAAAGUACUCAUGGACCCGCUCGAAACUGGCUCGCAGGAACUGGUUAUGAACACAGUAAUCGUGGGCGCCGGCACCGAACAAGUUCCCGCUUUUAUCGGGGUCUCCAUCAUUGUGGUUCUAGCACCUCCUCCUCAAUGGAUUCGGACUCUGGGACUUCCACCCCCGAACGGGACCCAAUGGAAUGUCGCCUACCAUCGUCUCAUUCGAGUUGGCGACGUGCGGCCCCUGAAAGAAAUAGUAUGGUAGACGUGGACGAGGAUGAGACACGUUUCGAAAGACGUCGCACCAAAAGUAUAAUGAAUGCCCGGUCGGAACUCUUGCCUAUCAACUUGAGGUCUACAGAUCCGACUAUAAUUUUAACGGACUUCUUCCUUCUGUUCGGCUCAUCCCUUCAGAUCAAAUCAACACUCAGUGACCGCCUCUUAUGCGGAACCAAUCUGGCAGAUAUUGAGCCUAUGACAAUGGAUGAUUCGGUCGGCUUCGAUCAAGUAGGAGGUCAUGAUAGGCAUAUUCUGGCGCUGAAAGAGAGCAUUGUCCUUCCGCUGAUGUAUCCGGAUGUUUUUUCCGGGUUCGGAAUAGAUCCUCCUCGCGGAGUCCUUUUCUGCGGCCCACCUGGAAAAACAUUACUUGCUCGGGCCCUGGCGAACGAGUGUACGCGAAUGUCAUCCGCACGCUCUGUAGAUGGCACGAAAGAACUCAGAAGGCCGAUUGCGUUUUUCAUGCGCAAAGGAGCUGAUUGUCUGUCCAAAUGGGUGGGUGAAUCAGAGCGCCAACUUCGACUUCUAUUUGACCAGGCGUAUCGCAUGCGUCCAUCUAUUAUAUUUUUUGACGAGAUUGAUGGUUUGGCCCCAGUCCGUUCCUCAAAGCAGGAUCAAAUUCAUUCUAGCAUCGUUUCUACUCUGCUAAGUUUAAUGGAUGGACUAGAUAGCCGUGCGGAGGUAGUCAUUAUAGGGGCUACCAACCGACCAGAUGCAAUUGAUCCAGCCCUCCGACGACCUGGUCGCUUCGACCGAGAGUUCACCUUCAGUUUGCCAUGCGAAUCGGUUAGAAGACGCAUUUUGGAGGUACACACAGCUAAGUGGAAGCCAGCUCCCGACCCAGAACUGCUGUCUCAGCUUGCAGCCAUAACCAGUAAUUUUAGUGGGGCCGAUCUAAAAGCCCUAGUUACAGAGGCUUGUCUCUGUUGUUUGCGGCGUCAGUAUCCUCAGGUCUACGAAAGUCGGGUGAAACUUGCACUGGAUCAGAAGUAUUUGAAGGUACAGCGUCCUGAUUGGCUGCGCGCGUUAAAACUCGUCAGACCGUCCAAAGAUCGCACAGACGUUGAUUCUUCUGCGCUUAACCUAACUCCGGUUUCUAGCGCUCUGGCAUCCACUAAACGCUACCCAUUAUCGCUGACUCUGGCUGACUUGUUCAGUUCUACCCUGGACCAGCUAACACAGUUGCUAUCAUACGCUUUGGCGCCUCCGGGAAGUAAAAUGCUCGAACUUUCUGAUUGGACUUCGAUCGUCACAAAUUUUCAAGUUUCUGGUAGUUUCUCCAACUCGCGACUUCUCCUAACAGGUGAUGUCCCAACUUGUCUAAUGAGUGCGGUAUGGCAUCGACUGGAGUCUGUACAGGUUUUCACCCUCUCGCCUGCCAAUUUGGUCGCAUUCCCCACCAGCAUUGGUGUAUGCCCAGAGGCUGCAAUUGCACAGAUUCUAUCUGCGGUGAGGCAGGCAGCCCGUAACAAUGCGGCACAAUCGCAGGCCGAAGAUGAGUUGGUUCAAGGUGUCGUUCUCUAUAUUCCUCAGGUGGAUCUUCUUCUUCGUAGAAUACCUCGAUCUGCCGCUUUUUGUUUGGUUGAUCGCAUUGAGGCGCUAACGCAAGAAUUGAUCGCAGAAGAUUUCGCACUCUCAUUCUCUGAACAUAUGACAGGCGGCUGUGAAUUUGUCCGUGCCGCAUCAGAGCGUUCGCGCAGGGUUUUCGUCAUCGCUACGUUGGCUGGUCCUCAUCGAACUAAACUUCACAAAGCCCCCACUGUAGAAAAACCCCCCAUAACCGUGCAACCAGAAUCACUUUCGAAGUUACGUAGCCUCACAGACGUCACAUCUCCAGUACGACGGGUUUCUCAGUCGGUUACUCCAACAGUCUGCACUCACUUCCCGUUACAUACCUCUGGUGAUCCAGAGGCUGCUACGGUAGGAUGUGCAUUGGUUGGUACCAUCCUGAGUCACCGGCCGGAGGUUUCCUUGCUUAACUGGAUACCUGUUGAUAGUAGCCUCUGUUUGGUUCGUCUGCCAACGUCUGUGAAGGAGUCUCGCAAGCGGGAAGCUGACUGCUGUCUGUUUGUCGUGUCCGCUUGCGCCCCAACCGACCGUAGCUUCGACGCCGUCGAACACAGGUUUUACGACGCCCUGAAUGCCCAGCUGCGGCGAGCUAAAAGCUCAGAUAUCGUAGUGGUUGACGGAGAUCUGAAUGUUGAUGUGAACAAAAUGUGCAACGGUGUUGGGUUGGUGCGUAAAUCCCCAGGAGGACGAAAGUUGAAUCAAGUCAGUCCGAUGAGGGAUAAAUCCCUGCUCUCAACUAGACCUUCACCAACCAUCUCAGUUUCACCGAUGGAGGAUCCAAUAGUUUUUAACGAUAGCUCGUCGUGUUCCAGUGCCUCAGUAUCAGACAUAGAUAACUCUAAUGGCGCUGAGAACGUGCCUGUGCUUCGCAAAAAUGCUGUUGGUGAUUCAAAGUUCGGCAGCAACACCCUCAGAAGUCCAGCUAAUUUGGGCGAGCGACCUGCGUCGAAUGUUCCACGUAGUCACAAACGACGCUACUAUUACAGACUUUUGACGCGACUGUUUCACCAAUUCAACUCAGUCCGAAUCAGAGUACCUCAACCGAGCAAGGCAGCGAAAAUCACAUUUUUCACUCCUGUUUUGAUGGUAAUGCCCCGUCGUCUUGCACGAGCUGAUGGCAGCCUCAUAAUCCAGUCGGAUGCGUAUAACUCUGGCGCAGGUCGUCCGCCCAGUCCGGUACCAGUUUCUGUUGAACCAGAUGACGCAUCAAAUAAGCGCAUUGCUCCUGUACUAAGACCAGAAGAACUUUUGGCACUGGAGCGCGAAGAGGCCCAACUGUUUCGACGUCUUAGGCAAGUGCUUCGGCGCGUCGUCGCUCAUUUGGCCAGGCAUAGAAGAUUCGCUGUGUUCAGCCGCCCAGUGCAAACAGAUGAAGCACCGGAUUAUUACGAGGUCAUUAGGAAUCCAAUGGACUUGGGUUCUGUACGUGAUCGGAUUGACGCGCGGAAAUAUGUGAAUGUGGAAGAUUUCAUGAAGGAUAUCGAGUUGAUCUACCAUAAUGCCUUGGAAUACAAUCCAGCAAAUGUUCCGCGUAGCCGCGACAUUCGCGCCCGGGCUGCGGAGUUCUGGGAUGAGGCUUGUUUGAAGAUGGAAGAGGAACUAUAUCCACCAGAUUUAAACGAGCGCUGUCGAGCAGCCACCGAAGCCCAAGCUAUGAGGGCAGCAGCUUCAAAGCACGGACCUGCUGAGUCGAACCCACGCACUGCCACUCCAAAGAUAUCAGUCACCUCUUCCACUGUUGGUAGAUCCUCAGUCUCCAGUAAUCCUUCUAUUCCGCUCACCAAACCGCUACCCAUGCCUCAGGGUGGAAGGUUUAGUCGGAGGCUGCAUGGAGCGUCGUUUCCCAGUCCAGAAUCGAAGGUAAUUCGGGAAAAGCUGGGCAUCGAUGAGGCGAACUCCGAGAAUUACCAACGUUCAGGGGUGCGCACACCGUCACCUCGGGUUUCCAGGGAGCUUUCUUCCCCUACUCCAGACGUGCACUCACUUAUGACUGGAACCUCGAAAACAGUCGUUGAAUCGACCGAGCCUGGUGAUCUUCCCACUGGGACGAGUCAGAGUAACGGUCCGGUCGCGUCGAGCUCACCAAACCGGACCCGCUCGCCAGACAUAUCCGUCACGGAGCUGACAUUGGAUAAACCUGAUUCAGGCCCACAUCCGGAUGAUUUGAAUGCAUUCCUUCAAACCGUAGUCAACGGUACCCUCGGCUGGUCGGCCGAGGAAUUGAUAAAGUUGCACAGAGAAUUUUCCUAUUUGGUACUCUGUGGUUCGCACCGAACUGGGAUACUCACUGAGCUUGAACGUGUUUUUGAAACCCACUAUCAACGGAAUGUUUCCUAUUGUGAAGGCUGAAAUUUUUUUUGUUACGUUUUCUUCCUUACAGUCUAGGCAUUUUUGAACCUCAGGUUCGACCCUGCCCGUCUUGGCCGUUUAUCUUGGCAGCUUCUACACUAGGGAUGUUACCUUUUUUUAUUUCUUUGAUGUACAUGUUUGUAUUGAUUUUGAUGGGAAUAUAUGACCUAGG